AUGAUACUUUUGGCAUGUUUCAUCAUUGGGAUGGUCAGUAAUGUACUAUCAGACUCUGCUAGAUGUGCGCCUUUAAGUUCAUUGGAUGAGCCUCUAACACGGCUGAGUGAACACUUCAAUAUAAACCACCACGAGGUUUCUGAAGGAGGGGAAUUAUUUACCAAGAUGCUUAAAAGGUACAAACAGGCACCUGAAUCAGGCAUUGUGUUGAACGUUAUAUUGCAAUGGUACUUGGAUUUAUUUAAUAAUCUAAAGCACCACAAUGAAGUCAAGAACCAAAUUAGCCUUGUUGCGAAUAGCUUGCAAGAGUGUUUGAAAUCCAGAACACAAAAUCACCUUAUCAGUGAUCUCGAGGAAUUAAGCAAUAUUAAGUGGGAUGAUCAAUUGGUUCAGCGCAAAGCAAUCCUUGAACUCGAUGAAAUUCUGACCACUGUGAAAGAGACUGGGAAAAGAAGACGCAAGAGGAACAUGGGAAGGAGGCAGAGGACCUAA